AUGGCUGUACUUAGUAACUCCCCAGUAUAUGUUAUUCCUGUAAUACAGCGAUCUAGUGCCGGGGUAUAUAAAUGUAUUCUGACAAAUGGUUUUGGAAGCUCUGUCCCUGCUUUAGUCAAACUUAACAUAUUAGAUUCUUAUGUGAACAUAGAAGGAUUUUAUGGAAGUAGCAAUGGUGAACAAAAGAAGAUCUACGUUAAAUGCAGUAUCACGAACCAAGUCAAAUUCAGAGCUCUUACUUCCUUGGAAAUAAUACAACGUUCAACACACACUAAUAUUGUUGUAACCAUCAACAAAGCAGGAAAUUUGUGGACAAAUCGACAAAACUAUUAUAUUACAGGAAGUAUUUCCAAUCCCGCUUUUGCAUUUUUGGAAUUAUCAAUUUCGAACAAUAAUUUAAUGUGCCCCGGUGAUUUUACAGAAUAUUUCUGUAGAUGUGUUGGUGUUGACAAGUCUUCUUCUCCAAUCAUCGACGAAAGUAAACUGCUGCAUAUUGAGUUUGACGAAUCACCUAAAUAUAUGAGUGAUAUUCUGAUGAACAUCAAGGGCCAAAGAAUCAUCAACCAUACCUUGGAAUAUGGCACGACUAUUGAACUCGUAUGUGAAGGGGACGUCACAAUGUGGGAUUCUCAGCUGCAGAACAUUCGCUGGUGCCUUAAAAUAGGAAGUUUCGGCACUUUUACUCCUUGGUUAGCACACACCAAUACCACGAACAUAACAUCAAAGAGCUGUUAUAAAAUGCAGAGAAGCACCAUAAUCUACAAUGUUGAAAUAGUCAAUGGAACAAUCGAAUUCCUUUGCGAGUCUGGAUACAAGACCAUGUGCGGCACAGGAAGUGCAAUUUCUCAUAUGUCCAUUAAGUCUGCAGAGCCAACACAGUCACUGUUCCAUGAGAGAAUAUCACCAUUUCCAUUAUUCUACAUAUCAUUAUCAAUGUUGAUAACCUCAGUGGCGGUGCUCAUAGGUAUCACAACUACGUGUGUGAUAAAAUGGAAGACAUUAAGAGACCUAAGACAAGCACACAAAAUAGAGACCAAGUAA